AUGGCUGCCACUACCCCCGCGCAGCAGUCUGUGCCGCCCCAGAGCGCAUUCUUGAUGACAGCGAGCUCGAACAGUCGUCACCGAGGCAGUGUCGACUCCCGGCCCAACAUUCGCAAGGUUCAGGGCCAUAUCCCAGCAUGUCUAGUUAAUGCCUCGGUGACUUAUUGCGGCAAUGAUCAUAUCUACGCCUUCGGAGGGUUUGAUCAGUACACUGAUGAAGUGUACAACCAUGUUCUGCGACUUGAUCUGAAUACGCUCCGAUGGGAUUUGGUGGAUAACUAUGGAGAUAUUCCGGGUGUCCGUAUGGGCCACACCGCUAGCCUAUACCAAGGAGACAAGCUGGUAGUAUUCGGCGGAGAAAAUGAGCACGGUGUAUACCUAUCGGACGUGGUCGUCUUUGACGUUCCCACCUCUACCUGGUCUCAACCGGAAGUCCGUGGACAAAUCCCCCGAGGAAGAGCCCGCCAUGCUGCUGUCAUUCACGAGGAUAAACUGUUCAUUCUAGGAGGUUCGGAAAACAGCGGCAUUCUUGACGAUAUGGCCUAUUUGGAUCUUAAAACCUGGACUUGGUCUCGAUCGUGGAAAUUUACCCCUCGCUUUGACCAUCUUGCCUGGAUUUGGGGCGGCCGUCUUUGGACCUUUGGCGGACUGGAUCCCGAUAUGGAGCGAUCUACGGACAUCUGGUGGUUGGAUUUACAGGCCAUUCCGGCUCUUGGAUUGCAGGAUAUACAAGACAAUACAAUGUACAACCACACAGCCCAACAGAUCCCUAGUCGCUCCGGGAGCUACGCUGCCAAUUCCGCAAGCGUACAGGUCCGCAAUGCUAGCCGGAGGAAGUCCAUUGCCCCAGGUCCUGUCUCUUGUCUCCAGUUCAAAUCAGGACCUAAUGUUCCGUCUCUGUAUUCCGGCACUCACUUCCAGGCUUUUGCAUCUGGCGUCUUACUCGAUCUUGUCACGCCAUCUGAAAUGACGCGCGUUUACGAUUGCAAUCUUUCAUCCCUGGAACUCGACUCGUUGCGAUGGCAGAGACUAGCUGAUGGACAGGAGCUUUUCCGAUCCGGUUAUCGAUGGCACUACCUUACAGUAAACGCAAGUGGUACCAAGGCAUGGUUGCUCGGAUGCAACCUGGAUACCGCUACCACCCCUGGAAAUGGAGACGAGAAUCACAUGUCUGAGGUUCUGUCCAUCGAUCUGGAAAGGUAUGGGUUGCUGGGAAACGAGAUGUCGGCCCUGUCUCCCGACCCUAGAAGAGCAGUAAUCUCUGGACGGACACACAUGGGACCCCUGUCUGGGCUAGGAGCGGAUUUAUCAACCGCCUUUGAUCAACGCCCCGAAUCCGGCAGUGGGGCUGAUUUUACGAUUACGGCCAACUCAGAUGACUUUGUCUACGCUGACGAUGGGUUUCAAGACGGAUCAUUGGCGCAAUCGGCCCCAGCUUACCUUCCCGCUAACGCAGCUACAUCUCCCCCGAUCCACGUGCACAAGCUGAUCCUGCAGCUGAGGUGGCCGCAUUUUAAGCGACUUUAUUCGGCCCAAAUGGCGGAGUAUCACACAAACCGCAUGCAUAUCCCAGAGCCCUACUCGGUUGUCCGUGCGUUUCUCUACUAUCUGUAUACGGAUAGCAUCGCUGGCCAUCCUGAAUACUGCGCGGAUAUUAUUGAUGUAGCGGGGAUGCUCGUAAUGGCAAACCUCUAUGACCUGCCCCGCUUACGCCUCCUCUGCGUCAACCGCUUAGGGCGGGAACUAGAGGUGGAAAAUGCGGCAAUCAUAUGGGAUCGGGCGGGACGGACCAAUGAAGAGUGGCUGAUGAGGCGAGCGGCACAGUUCUGUCUUAACCAUUGGGGAAGGGUUGUUCGGACUGAUGGCUUCAAAUCUCUCAGCAGACAGAGGCUGAUCGACCUAUGUGAAGUGGUGGACAUGGAGGGUCGGAUUAUCGUGGGGCCAGAGCUCGAGCUUGUCGGAACGCUUGGCGCAGAGGAUGGACUAGGCAGUGGUCGUGAUCCGAAGCGGUCGCAGCUGACGUUCAAUGGCGUUGCCCUGGACGUGGACGAGGCUGAAGCGGAUGAGAUGGAUGGGGUGGAGGACAUAUGA